CGCAUAAAGGGGGCUGGGCAUCCGCCGCCGCCUUCUUCUUCUGCUCUUCAAGGCCGCCGCCUCCACCGCCGCUCGCCCAGCUCCUUCCUCCUCGCCCUGCACGCCGCACAAGCCCGAAGAUGGCGGCUCACCAUCUCCUCGCCCGCUUGCACCGCUGCCUCUUGCCCGCCGCUUCCCGAUGGGGGUCGGGGCACAGGACGGCGCCGCUGGCUCUCGGGGCGCAAGCCAAGACUUGCGGCUGCUAUUUUUCAACCAGUUCCUGUCACAAUACCAAAUUUUACACUGAUCCGGUAGAAGCAGUAAAAGACAUACCAAAUGGGUCUACUCUCCUUGUUGGUGGUUUUGGCCUCUGUGGAAUUCCAGAGAACCUCAUAGGAGCUUUGUUGAAGACUGGUGUAAAAGGAAUAACCGCUGUCAGUAACAAUGCAGGAGUAGACAACUUUGGGCUCGGGCUUCUGCUUCAGACCAAACAGAUCAAGCGUAUGGUGUCAUCCUAUGUUGGAGAAAAUGCAGAAUUUGAGCGGCAAUACUUGAGCGGCGAACUGGAAGUUGAGCUUACCCCACAGGGUACCCUUGCUGAGCGGAUCCGAGCAGGAGGAGCUGGCAUCCCAGCUUUCUUCACCAGUACGGGGUAUGGGACAUUAGUGCAAGAAGGAGGAUCUCCAAUCAAAUACAACAGCGAUGGCACUGUUGCCCUGGCGAGUGAGCCAAGAGAGGUGAGGGAAUUUGACGGUCGACAUUACAUUAUGGAAAAAUCAAUUACAGGAGAUUUCGCAUUAGUAAAGGCGUGGAAGUCUGAUCGUGCUGGAAAUAUUAUCUUCAGGAAAACUGCGAGAAAUUUCAAUCAGCCUAUGUGUAAAGCUGCCAGAACAACAGUGGUAGAGGUAGAAGAAAUUGUUGAUGUAGGGUCAUUUCACCCCGAAGAUAUCCAUGUCCCCAAAAUCUACGUCCAUCGUCUCAUCAAAGGGGACAAGUAUGAAAAAAGAAUUGAGAGAUUAUCACUUCGUAAAGCUGAGGACUCUCCGAGCAAACAGAAGAAAAGCGGUGAUAAUGUAAGAGAAAGGAUUAUCCGGCGGGCCGCUCUUGAAUUUGCAGAUGGCAUGUAUGCUAACUUGGGUAUCGGCAUUCCCCUACUUGCAAGCAACUUCAUCAGUCCGGAUAUAACUGUGCAUCUGCAGAGUGAAAAUGGCGUCCUUGGUUUGGGACCCUAUCCAUCUGAAAAUGAAGUUGACCCUGACCUCAUCAAUGCAGGUAAAGAAACAGUCACUGUAUUGCCAGGUGCUUCAUACUUCUCUAGUGAUGAAUCUUUUGCAAUGAUUCGAGGGGGACAUGUUGAUCUAACAAUGCUUGGGGCAAUGCAGGUAUCUAAAACUGGUGAUUUAGCCAACUGGAUGAUUCCUGGAAAGAUGGUGAAAGGAAUGGGUGGUGCCAUGGAUUUGGUGUCCAGCUCAAGAACUAAAGUAGUAGUGACUAUGGAACACUCAGCAAAGGGCAAUACCCACAAAAUACUGGAAAAGUGCACUUUGCCAAUUACUGGGAAACAGUGUGUGGAUCGCAUCAUAACGGAAAAGGCUGUUUUUGAUGUCAAUAAGAAAAAAGGACUGACGCUGAUCGAAAUCUGGGAAGGCGAAUCUGUAGAUGAGAUUAAAAAAUGCACUGGUGCUGACUUUACUGUUUCGCCAAACCUCAUGCCAAUGAAACAGAUUUGAACCUGAAAUGUAGAGUGGUCCUUUCUUCCAUACUUCCAGGGAAGGGGAAUCAAAUGUCUGUUUUUGCAUUUAUGCAUUAUUCAGAGGUCUUUGUAAAGCAGUUUUUAUUUAAGUAGUUAGCAUCAAGCUGACUUGUAAACAUUUACUUGUAUGCAACAGUACAGUACAGUUUCCAAAUUUAAAUUUUCAUUUGGUACUUAGAUAUUUUUAAUUAUAGCAUUACAGGUUUGACUGUUAUUAAACAGUAGUAGAGGAAAUGACUCCGUUAAGAUGAUCAUCUCUUGUCUUCUUAAGCUGAAAUAUGCACAAACUUUUCCAAACAGAUAAAACUGCAGUUAGGUAGGUUAUAAUUACCAACUUCAAAAUAAUCCAGCCAUUUUCAGUGCCUCUGAAUGUGUCCAGGAUUAUAUAUGACUCCUUUUAUGCUAAGGUUACUUUUACAUGCAGAAAAGCAAUUUGAGAGUGCCUGUGCACUAGCUACUACUACCACUACUACACAGACACGUACACAGAUCUGAACACAAACAGGCACAGAUUGUUUACCUAAAAUUUGUGAAUCACCAGAACUUUGGACAUUUAGACAUAUUUUCAGGGUUGCAUUGCUAAAAGACUACAUAAGGGCUGUUUAUAUUCUCUGAUAAAGUAAGCAUUUUUAAACCUUCCAGCUACUCAUCCUGUGAAAUACAAAUAUGAGUUUAGACGACUGGAGUAUAUAUUUGCUUGUUGAAAUCUCAGAACCCCAAAAGUCUAGAAAUCUUGUUUCCAAGAUUUGCAGUAAUAUAUGGAUUCUGUUCUGUGUAACAUAUAAGCACUUUCUGAUGGGUUAUCCAGUAGCACUUACUUGCUGAAAGCAUGAAUAUAUGCAGUAGAAAUUAAAUGUCUGGCAGGAUAAAAUGUGCAAGAUAAAUUAGGGAGAAAAUUGCUUAAUUUGCAGAAAUAAUACUGGCUGCAAUAUCUACCAGUCCGUUUGGAUUGGUUUGGCACAAAAAAAAUUGUUUAUUUAACUGCCAAAUAUGUACGGCCCUGAAUUGUAUAAAAAAAAUGUACAAUGAAAUUGUCCCUCUUGCACAUACCAGAAGCUUUGUUGCAAUGGAAUUUUGUCGUGAUGCUGUUACAAUAACUUCCUUAUUCUUACUAACCUUAUUUAUUCAGAUGCACACAUUCAUACAUCUAAUGUGUGGAUUCCACAUUUUCACUAAUAUCCAAAAUUAAUUGUUCACAUAGAUUUUUAAUUACAUCAAUCUAGGUGCUAUUUGGAAUUUGACCUUUUCCUUUAGGUUUUCAUAUAAUUAGCAGAUAGCAUCUGCUUUUCUUUCUUGGUCUGAGAGAUUUAAAAAAAAAAAACAUUUCCCAGGUCAAAGCUUAUUUCCUCAUUUCUUUCUUUCCUACCUAAGCACUGAUUGCAGAAGCUUUAAAGCUUGGCCAGGUCAUUAGCAUUCCAGUGAGAUACGUCCCUGCCUUUUUAUGUGGCAGUGCAAAGGAAUCAGGCUGGUUUUCAGUAACCAGUGCCCAUUUCCGAGUGCAAUCUGAUGUAGAAGCCCUUCUGAUCUGAAACACAGAAAUUCAGGAGCAACAUCUAAGGAAAGAUUUUGGGAGCUGAGAUCUGAACUUAAUUUCUGUGUGAUGUAGGAAGCUUUAAAUGCCUGCUAAUGAGCAGCUAGUGAUAUUUGUUCCCCUAGGGCAGUGCUUCUAAACCUCGGGCAACUUGAAGAUGGAUCGACUUCAACUCCAAGAAUUCCCUAACCAGCAUGGUGCUGGGAAAUUUUGGGAGUUGAAGUCCACACAUCUUCAAGUUGCUGAAGUUGAGAAACAACACAGCUCCCAGGAGGAGCAGGCAUUUUGCAGCAGGAGAAGAGUGUUUAGGAGGAAAACAUAAGAGAUGCUGAAAGUUAUUAAGAAUAUGUAGCACUUCUGGCCUCUCUUUACUCUUAUUUUUCCUCUUCUUUUUCUUAAAUAUUAGUUUAUAUUAGUUUUUCUCGUUCUGUUUUUAACAUUUAAUAAAGUUGUGCAAAAAAGUUUCACCUGAACCCAGAGAUUAUUAUGAAACCAAUAGAGUAACUUGAAGGCAGGUUCAAAGGAAGCAAUCUGUACACGAAGUAUAAUUAGCAGGACACUGUAGUGGCUUUUUAGCAUAGUUGGAUGGUAGUACCAAGUCCUAGGGGCACCAAUAGGUAUGAAUAAUUUGCAGGAAAAAAAUUGAAUUUAUUGUCCAAGCCAUCUAGGGGUUUGGGAAAGGUGCAUAUAAUAUGUGAGUUCAUCCUCUAGUCUGGUCCACCAAUUUACCCAGGGACCCUACCUGAUUGUACAGCUAAUAUAAUAGUACUUCUGUCCUUCCGUAGAAUGUUUCUUUUUUUGGCCCUUCUCUUUCAUGCCUUGUGUUUGUCAAAUGUUUCAUUCUGCCCACUGAUAAGGAAUAAAAGCGAACUGACUAAUGAAUGUGCUGUAUACUGUAUGCCCGAUCUUUUAUAUGUAACUUUCAAAAUAAUAAAACAAAGCGCCCAA